AUGGAGCCAGUUGACGCCGAACGCGCGCGACAGCUGUCGCUCUUCCGGCCACUAGGCUACCAGCACAACUCGUGUGGCUACUGCAAAUCUGAAGAUGGAAGCGCAUCAUACUACGCAAGCUCCCAGGUCGUGCGGCCCGAGCACUAUGAAGAGCUCGUCAAUCGGGGCUGGAGACGAUCGGGCACCCUGUACUACAAGCAGCAUCUGAAGCGUUCCUGCUGCCCGCACUAUACGAUGAGACUGGAGGCCUCCGCCUACCAGCCGCGUCGUGAUCAGCGAAAGGCCAUCAACCGCUGGAACAAAUUCAUUCUGGGCCCCGAAUACAUUCGGAAAGCCGCCUACCUCUGUCCACGCUCACGAGAGGAAAAGAAGUUCCGCAAAUGCAACUUUGACGUGCAAGCGGCAGUGCAUGAAUCCGAGUAUAGUCAUGUCAAGCGUCCGAUUGACCCGUCCACAAAGCGAGCCAUAGAGCCGGCGCAUCGCUUCGAGGUCAAUAUUGAGGGCGACUCCGCGUCGCAGGCGAAGUAUGAGUUGUUUCGGAAGUAUCAGACGAUCGUUCAUAAAGACGACCCCUCUCGCUUGAGAAUCAAGGACUUUGAACGAUUCCUGUGCUCAGGGAUUAAACGGUCCCCUACGAAAUUGACCAAAUCGAACGAGUCGGAGAAAAAGCUCGGCUCAUGGCAUCAAUGUUAUCGAUUAGACGGGAAACUGAUUGCGGUUGCGGUUCUUGAUCUGCUUCCAAGCGGAGUCAGCUCGGUCUACAUCUUCUAUGAUCCCGAAUUUGAGCAGUGGGAACUUGGAAAGCUGAGUGCCAUGCGCGAAAUUGCUUUUGCGCAUGAGAAUGGCUAUCCCUAUUAUUACAUGGGCUACUACAUUCACAGCUGCCAGAAGAUGCGGUACAAGGGCAACUUCCGGCCUCAGUACAUCCUUGACCCUGAAUCUCACAACUGGGACCCUCUUGACGGCGAGCUGUCUCAGAAGCUGGACACUCGUCCUUAUGUAUCUCUGUCACGAGACCGCUUCUCCGCCAAUACCGAUGACUCUAGCUCGAGCGUGGGUCUGGAGAAGGAUGUUGACGAGGCACGACUCUCGCUCUUCGAUCUCAACAUGCCGGGCAAUCUGAGCUUGGAGGAGGUUGAAGCCUUGGACCUUGGAAACUGGCACCUUCUUUACCACGGAGCUUUUGUGCAGAUGAGCGACCUCGUCAAUUGGGAGAAAAUGAAGUUUAACGACCCGCAGUCCAUCAAGGGUAUUAUUGGGGAACUGGCUUCGGUUUUGGGUCCUGAGGUUGUCAGGAACAGUGCCGUGGUACUAUUCGACUAA